AUGUCCAAAGCAAAGGCUGCACCCCCUCCUGGGUGCACUCUGAACAUCAACGAUCCUCAGGUCCAGGAGGCUGCCAUCCGAAUCCAAGCUUCAUAUCGUGGCCACAGGUCGCGUAAAGAGCUGCGAGAGAAAGGCCCUCCUAAGAUCCUGCAGGAGCUCAAAGAUGUGGUUCUUGUUGAGGGCAGUGCUGCAAAGCUGGAGUGCAGAGUUAGUGCUUUCCCUGAUCCUUUUAUCGUCUGGUGCAAGGAUGGCAAAGAGCUUAAGGAUGGCCCCAAGUACCGCUAUGUAUUUGAAGACCCGGAUUUUGUGGCGCUCGUGGUUCGAGAUGGGGUUCUGGCUGAUCUGGGAAAAUACACUGUUUCCAUUAAGAAUCCAUUUGGACAGACGUAUGGGUCUGCCUGUAUUCUAGUGGAAGUCCCUGCUAAGGUUUCUAAAGGUCCAGGCAACAUUAAGGCCAAGAGAGGGACAACAGUGGUGCUCAAGGCUGAAAUAAGUGGGGAGCCUCCUCCAGAUGUAGCCUGGCUCAAAGAUGGAGAUGACAUUGAAGAAGACGACAGGGUAUUCUUCGACAUUGGAGACACCAACACUAUCUUGACCAUCAAAAAUGCAAAAAUGUCUGAUGCUGGCAAGUAUGAGGUGUUUGUGGAGAACAGUCUGGGCACAGACCAGUCCUUCGCUCGUGUCGACAUCCUCUGAUGCAACCUCUCAACUAUGCCAAUACUAACGCGAUAAGCCUCUGUUCUCUUAUAGUGCAAUGCAAUGGACAAUAAACUGUAUCAAAAGACGU